AAAGAUGUUCUUAAUUAAGAGGUACCAAAGAUUAGACCUUUAACAGGAACUGUAAGUCUUGACCUCUUGUAGUCGCCGUCUAUGAAAUCCAAAUCUACUACGUCAUUUUUAAAAAUGAUUCACGGAAGUGUAGUAUGGGUGCGCGUUGUGGAAUUUCAACACGCGGUAUAAAAGGCCGCUAAGAUAACGUUUCAAAUCUCCAUUGCUUUAUCUUGAUAAAUUUUUUGAAUAAUAAUUGAAGUUCAAAAAGCCCAUCAGGCAGAAUCAUCUCGGAUCUUCAAACAAACUUUGCAGCAAGAGCGACAAAAAAAUGAGCCAGUAUGCAGUACCCUCUGCUCCACCUGUAGAUCAGGGUGGUAUCCCAACCGCACCCCCUUCUUAUGAUGAAGCAGUUGGUAACUUAGCACCACCUCCGAGGGACCAAAAUAUUUCAAGUUCUGCUCAAUUAGAUGUCGUAAAUGAAGAAGAGAGAAAGAAGGAUCAAAAAAAGCAAGACCAACCCCUCAACGCACCACCACCCCUGGUGACGGUACAACCCCAGCCACAACAACAAAUGACCUACAACUUCGAUCAGCCAGUCUACCAGCAACCUGCCUCUCCGUCCAACGACUGCUGCCUCUUCUGCUUGUGGUGCGACGGCAGCGAAAUAGCAGAUCUGUGCUACUGCAUCUUCUGCUGCUCCAGGCACGUGACAGGCCAUGACGCAGGUUGUUGCGACUGUGGCGACACCUGCUGUGACUGCCCAGAAGGUUGCUGCGAGUGUGGAGACUGCGAUUGUGAUUGUGGUGAUUGUGAUUGUGGCGAUUGCGAUUGUGGUGGUGGGGGUGAUUGUAAUUGCGGGGAUUGUUCCAUAAUCUAGUUGUUAUAUUCCACUCGAAAAAUGAGCCCCAUAUUACAGUCAAAUGAAAACAAAUCUGGAUAAAACUUCAAGGGUCAGAGAUAGAACCCUCAAAAGUAUAUAAUACAGGGGAUAUUAUUCAAAGAUUUAAGAGUUCAACACCUUUCGAUUUUUCUGAACGUUAAGUGAAUUUCUAAAACUCCAAUUAUGUAUACACUAUUUAAUUGUUCAGCUCAAUGUGUUCAAAGAAAGCUUGACAAUAAUAUAGAACAAACCGACGAUAUCUAUAGCCAUAUUUGUUCUGCUCACUUAAUCGACUUGGCACGUUUUAGCACUAUAAUUUGAUUUUAUUGACAAUUUUAUUUUCAUGAAUUGUAGCAUAUUUUUAUACUCAAGCAUUAUUUUAUAUGAAAUGUUAUAUCCUAUAUUGAAACAAUUAUUUUCUAAGUUGAUCAGUAUUUCUACAGAAAUAUUUUUUAUAUGAAUAAACGAUACAAUAUAUUUAAAUAUGGUAAA